AUGAAAAUAAUAAUGGUUGUGGUUGUUUGUAUUUCUCACGUCCUUUGUCCACCACUAAGAGAUCUCCCAGGUUACAGUGACCUUGGAGUACGACCUGAAUUAGCUACUUCAUCAAAAUUUGCAUCAUUUGUUUUGGGAAGAGCUUCAAAGCCAGUUCACAAGCAUGCGUUCAUCGAGGUACCUUUACCAGAUGGCAAAGUAUUGCAAGUCCCCAAGGGUAUUUAUCAUUACUCGGAACGAUCUCAGCAUUUUGAUACAGAUGCAGCCAUACCACAGUUAGAACGUCCUUUCCAGGCUUUUGGAUCUCACAAGACGCAUAUUAACAACGUUAAUGGAGUAUAUUUACCAUUACCAUUUGGAAUGGAUCCAAUAAACUUACAAUUUAUUACUGAACAAACUAAAGGUGGAAGUUUGACAAGCGAUGUGAAAUCAGGUAUUGAUGGACGUGUAAGACAAGCUCUCAAUGAUGUCCGAAAAAAAUGCUUUAAAAUGGUUGAUAGAGCUUGUGAGCUAGCAUUGACAAAAUAUUAUGAAGCUCGAGCAAUGCAAAUCGAACAAGAUGAUACCACACUACAGGAGAAACUGCUUCAGAUGGGCACCGAUGUAAUCACUGAAUUGGGCUCUAAAACGCUUGAUUACAAUGGUUUGGGGGUGCUGGUAGGUAUGCCUGGUAUUGAACCAGUAUAUCUAGGUGCUGGAAUGGAUCGCAGCGCUGAUAGUCUUACAGAAUUUGAUAUGAGUUUGCCGUAUUAA